UCAUUAAUAUGAUACCGCUCGGUUGAUAUUCGUCGAGGUAAACAAGCGAUGAUUCAGCGAAUCAACCUCUCUCUUCCUCAUCUUCUUCUCCUCGUGUUACUUGUUUCGGUGACUGAUCGAGGACUUUGUAUUCGGUUACCGGAUCGGGUAUCGACUACCGUUAAGUACCCGUCGGACACGCCCCUCAAAACAGCGGUUUUCGCCCUAGGUAGCUUCUGGAGAUCGGAGGCUGUGUUUGGUUGCUUGGACGGCGUCGUUAGGGUAACAGCCGGUUAUGCCGGUGGAUCCAAGUUUAAUCCGGAAUACAGAAGCCUUGGCGAUCAUGCCGAGUCCGUAAAGGUUGAAUAUGAUCCUCAACUAAUUAGUUUCAGGAAACUUUUGGACGUUUUCUGGUCUAGUCAUGAUUCUAGGCAAGUCUUUGGACAAGGUCCUGAUGUGGGUAAUCAGUACAGGUCAAUUAUUUUUACAAAUGGAACUGAAGAAUCUAGCCUAGCUGCUGUGAGCAAAGAGAGAGAGCAAAUGAAAUCCAGGAGUAACAUUGUGACAACUCAGAUUCUACCACUAGGAGCAUUUUACACUGCAGAACCUGAACAUCAGAAAUUUGAGCUAAAGCGGAGUUCACUUCUUCUCCAGUUGAUGGGAAACUUGGCUGAAGAGGAGCUGGAGAGGUCAACACUGGCAGCAAAACUAAAUGGCUAUGCUGCAGAUCUUUGCCCUCCUAGGAUGCAAAGGCAGAUUGAUGCCAAGAUCAAUGACAUUAUAAAAAGAGGUUGGCCUGUUUUGAGAGAGAUGUAACUUGCCUUCAGAGUGGAAUUUUAGAUCAAACUGGUUCUCCUUACAGGCUCCAUCCAUGCCAUCUGCUUGUUUACUUGAGGCCUUUGAUAAUUUACAAGCUACGGAAAAAGAAUCGCAACCCGACAUUUCAUUGAUUCAGUUUUAGGGUUUAGAUGCCCUGAAUUUGCUACUGGCCUUUGUACUGUUGCAGCAUAGAAAAGAUCACAUUCAGGGUCUUAAAUAGGGACUUUUUGUACAUUUAUAUGGAGUCUAGUAUUUCAUACUAAAAUUUUUCUUGUUAUUUUGAUUUAUAUGAUCUAUUCUACUCGGAAAAUGGGUAAGCUAUGGGGUUUGAUGCGGAUAUCUUGUUAUCAUUAUAUAGUUUGUUUGGGAUAGAUGUGAAUCAACAAUCUAGUACUUGGGCUAA